CGCGCUCAUGGCGGCUGCACGGAGGGCGCGAGCAGUCCUGAAGCGCCUCUGUUUGUGAACUCUUAUAGAAAGUAAACGUUAAAAAUGCGGCGGGAAUAAACGGAACAACCUCCGGUUUUACAUUUUAAAUAAUGUUCGCAGAGGCCAGUCUGUCCGUCUGGGGAUGGGGGGGUCUGGGAGUUGUGCUCUUCCUCAUCUCAUUUGGACCCUUUGCUAUCUUUUAUCUGGCCUUCUACAUCCUCUGUUUCAUUGGCGGGGGAUUUGUAGUGCUGCUUUUAUUUGGAAAGACAAACUCAGAGAAACACUUGGAAAGGUGUGAACACUCCUACCUGCCACCUACACAGGCGGCCAUAAUGAAGGUUUCAGAAGAAAUGAAAUCAGAGCCCAAAACCAUAAAGAUCGACCGGCGUUUGACAGGAUCCAGCAUCAUAGAUGAACCUCUGCAGCAGGUGAUCCAGUUUGCUUUGAGGGACUAUAUCCACUACUGGUACUACACACUGAGUGACGAUGAGACCUUCCUCCUUGAGAUUCGGCAAACAGUUCAGAAUGCCCUUGUAGAGUUCUCCACCAGGUCUAAAGAAGUGGACUGGCAGCCGUACUUCACCACCAGACUGGUGGAUGAUUUUGCAACACAUCUGCGUGUUUUCAGGAAAGCUCAAGAGAGGCUGAACGAGAGAGAAGAUCCGAAACAACGUGACGCUCCGGACGAGUUGCUGGACUCGUUUUUUGAGGCAGAGUUAGAAAUGGAGAGGAAGAUUUGUAGAGACAUGGUGUGCAUGUCCCACAAACAUGAAGAAGGUUACCUGCGGGAUCUCUGUGAAGUGCUGCUGUAUCUGUUACUACCUCCUGGAGAUUUCCACAACAAAAACAUGAGAUACUUCCUCAGGGAAGUGUUGGCCAGAGGAGUUCUGCUGCCUUUAAUUAACCAGUUGAGUGACCCGGAUUACAUCAACCAGUUCAUUAUCUGGAUGAUCCAUGAUUCAAGCUGUAACUAUGAGGCCUUCAUGAACAUCUUAAAGCUGACCGACAAACCAAACGAGCUCGAGGCCGUCAAAGACAAAGUCCUGGAAGAGCUUCAGUAUUUGCGAUCUCUGGACACCGCUGGAGAUGAUAUCAACAUAAUAAAGAAUCAAAUCAACAGUUUGCUUUUUGUGAAGAAAGUCUGUGAAACCAGAAUACAGAGGCUACAAUCAGGGAAGGAAGUCGAUGCUUUAAAACUUGCUGCUAAUUUUGGGAAAUUGUGCGUGAUUCCGUUGGAACACAUCCUAGUGCAUAACAUUGCACUUCAGUUCUUCAUGGACUACAUGCAGCACAUGGGUGCACAGGCGGUUCUGUUCUUCUGGCUGACGGUGGAGGGGUAUCGGGUCACAGCGCAGCAGCAGCUGGAGGUGUUACAGAGCAGCCAGAGAGACAGAAAGAGUCAGAGCAUCCAAACCACCAAAGGGCUACUGAGAGCCGCUGCACUGGGCGUCUAUGACCAAUACCUGUCUGAAAAGGCCUCUCCCAGGGUGCAGGUGGACGAAGCAUCUGUUGCCAGAUUGGCUCAAAAACUCAGCAGUGAGGAUCCCACACCUGAGAUAUUCGAUGAGAUCCAGAGAAAGGUGUACGAUCUGAUGUUGAGGGAUGAGAGGUAUUAUCCAUCUUUUAAGCAGCACCCGCUGUAUAUACGGAUGCUGGCUGAGCUGGACAUGCUCAAAGAACCCAGUUACAGGGGUUCUGAUGAUGGGGACAUAGAGUCAUUCAACGGCUCUCCAACAGGAAGCAUUAAUUUAUCAUUAGAUGAUCUCAGCAGUGGGAGUGUGGAUGAAUCUGCUCAGCUUCAUGCGUUUAUCUCUGAUACAGACUGCUGGUUCUCAUUAGCUGAUGCUUUUCUAAACCACCUUCCUGUGGCAGGCGUUUGUAACGAUCACGGGAAGACCUACGCCCUCUACACCAUCACCGUCAUCCGCAAGAACUCAGACGGCAGUGAGGACACCUGGAAGACAUACCGUCGCUACAGCAAUUUUCAUGACUUCCACAUGCGCAUCAUAGAGCAGUUUGAGAGUCUUGCACCAAUUCUCAAGCUUCCUGGCAAAAAGACCUUUAACAACAUGGACAGGGAGUUCUUGGAGAAAAGAAAGAAGGAUUUGAACACGUAUCUACAGCUGCUGCUGAAUCCAGAGAUGAUGAAGGCCUGUCCCAUGCUCAUACCAUACGUCAAUGACUUCCUGGAAAACAAAGCGUACAGCAAAGGCAAAGGAGACUUUGCACGCAAGAUGGACACGUUUGUGAAUCCUCUCCGGAGCUCCAUGCGGAAUGUGUCCAAUGCCGUAAAGUCACUUCCGGACAGCCUGGCUGAGGGAGUGUCCAAAGUCUCGGCGGACAUGGGCCGCAGAUCUGAGAAACUUGGCCAGGACAUGAGACAGUCCAUAUUUAAGGUGCCUCCUUUAAUCCCAAAACCUGAUAUUGAUUCUGAACACUGCCGUGUCUCUGCCCAGCUCGAUGAUAAUGUGGAUGAUAAUAUUCCUCUGAGGGUGAUGCUGCUGUUGAUGGAUGAAGUAUUUGACUUGAAGGAGAGAAAUCAAUGGCUGAGAAGAAACAUUAAAAACCUCCUACAGCAGCUCAUCAGAGCCACGUAUGGAGACACCAUUAACAGGAAAAUCGUGGAUCACGUCGACUACAUGACCUCACCAGAGCAGGUGUCUGAUUACGUGAAGAGAUUCAGAGACUCCUAUUGGCCGAACGGCAUCCUUGCCGAAACUCCAUCCCGCAGGGACAAAAGUACCCGCAUGAGGACGAGAGUUGCCGCGAAAACCACACUCCUGGGCAUCAUGCCAGACGAACUCAAGCACAUUAUCGGGGCGGAGACGACGCGGAAGGGCAUCCUGCGAGUCUUCGACAUGUUCCAGCACCAACCGCUGAACCGACGGCUCGUCUACGUCUUUCUGGAGGGCAUCUUGGAAACCCUGUUUCCACAGUACAAGUUUCCCAAGCUGUUCGUGAAGCUUCACUCUCGCUCGCUGCGUGUUCUCAAAUACUCACAGAAAAAAUGCAGUUUGCAAAAGAGGUGACAGAUGGACGCUUUUCCCGCCGAGAGCCACCUCGCUGCUGUGGGGGGGGGAGGAGUCAGCGCCCGCCCACCGCCGUAGCGGCAUCCGAGCAGGGGACAGGGGAGGGUGUACGUGAUUUGAGUGUUGUUUUUGCAUCGCAAUGAAAUUUGCGACAAUUGAUGCCUGAACACGCCGCCCCCCUUUAGUGCCUCCCGUCUUUAUGUGAUAAAUGCACUGUAUCGACACGGCCAUAGUGUAGAGGACUCAUUUUAUCAUCGUGAAGCGUUCGGUCAAACAGUCACCACUUCGAAAGACUGCAGCGCCUGAAUUGCGACGUUCUCUCCGUUUGCCGUUUGGUUUAACUUUUAAAUGACUUUAGAAUGACAUUGUGUAGAUACGAUUUCUGUGAUCAAAAGCCUUUUUAUUUUUGGUUUAUUUUGGAUUUGGCAGUGGUCAAACCCACCACACCGUAAAUAUUGUAUGGUAGAGGAGAUCUGACCGAACCAACCUAUGCACCUUAAUAUAAAACACUCAUCGCAACGAAGAAUAAGAGGCCAAAUGGUAACGAUCAGCAGCAACUUGUAUUACGAUAUUCAUUUACAAACACAAUAUUUUGUGGCACUGAAAUGCGUGGUGUGUGAUUAAAUAUACAAAAGAUGCAACAUUGUCCUGCCAACCAAUCGGUUGCAUGUAGUGGGUGGGGUUUAAUACAGGCCACACCCCUCACUGACUGUCAGUCUCACGCUUGCAGAUCUCCAAGCGAAUCUAAAUUGACUUGAUAAUCUGAAGCUCCAAUAAACAUCCUUCAUCCAAUAGGAACGAUGACAUGAAAGACCCCGAUGGCCGCCUCGGACAUUCGGGUGACUAUGUGGAUUUCAUCGCAUACGGGAUGUGCUUUAAAGAUUGUACCUGUCGUAAGUGAGUGAGUGAGUGCGUGUGUCCUGUUUUUAUAACUCAAUUCAGUGGAGGUCGUAUACAUGAUUUAUUUUAAUACUUUAUUUUAGAAUAGCAAGUGUAGCACUAAAUCGCAGCUGAAGACCGUUUCGGCAUGAGAUAUAGAUUCAGCCUUAAUUCUAAGACCAAGAGAUGUCCGUCUUAGAUGUAGCGUUCCCUUCAAAACACUACAUGUACGAGCCCUCAUAUGCACACAAAAAAAGAUAUUGACAGUUGUUCAAAUCUACUUUCAAUCAGAGGAUAUGUAACUUGAUUUUUGUGCAAUAUUUCUUUAAUGCAUGUUUAUAUAACCGUAUAUUGAAUAGUUUAUAUUUAAUGGUGUAUUCGAGUAUUUCAAAACCGAAUCUAAAAUCACGUGAUCUUCUCGAAACCACUGAACAUUCCGUUGUUGUAAAUGGCUCAUUUUAAGGACUUGUUUUAUAAGUCUGGCUUUUAUGCUAAUUUUGGGGAUGUCUGUUUUUAACAUUUCAUCACUCCUGGUGAAUCUACUUUUCUUGGACACGUUUUGCUUUUAGGAACUUUUGAAAGCACAUUCUAGAUAAAAUAGGCUCCUGAAAACGUGACCGCAUUGCUGCGUAGUGCAAGCGCAUGUGGCAUUAGAAAACACAGUUUUAAAACACUCUUUCUGUUGAGUUCCCUCCAAUCACACUUGUUAUGAGAUAUCAUCACGUGGCACAUGUCCAAGUCAUACUUCAAACCCCAAAAUCAAAGUAGUUGAAGCCGUUUUUUUGCAUUGUGACAUUAUUUGCAUGGCCAAUAUUGGCGAAGAAGUCUCGUUCAUACUGUCGCACACCAUUUUAAAAAGGUAAAUAAGCAUCAAUUAAACUCCGUUUAAAAAUACCACCUUGCAUACUUGACCAUUUAAAUACGUUUUUUUCCCUCAGAAUUACAGUAGUGAGAUUAUGGCGGGAAACGGGCUUGUUCCGGGUUCAAUACAAGUCUAGCGCCAUCAACAGCAUUUGUAGCAUAAUGUUGAUUAUCCCUCGUUUAUGUUAUAAAAAGCAAUAAGCGCGGUUACAGUGAUGCAUGUGAAUGGGGCCAGUUCAGAAACAUUAAAAAACACACUAUUUCAAAAGUAUAGCCACAAGUUAACGUGAUAUUAGCGUGAUGUGUACAGUUAUUAACCAUUACACCAUAUCGUAGUAAACGGUAAUUAUUAAAAGUAAUUUCAUCGCACUAAAAUCGUGUUAAAGCGCAUAUCGUUUACGUCCUGUGGCUAUACCUUUACAGAUUGACACCAUUGACUUCCAUUGUAAGUGCCUCACUGUAAACCCCAAAUUUGCUUCGUAUUUUAAGUGAUGGACGAGUCAAAAUGAUUGUCGGUUGUAAUCAACAUUAUGCUACAAAUGCUGACAAUUGAGCUUAACUAGUAUUGAACCCGAAACACUCCUUUAAUUGCUGUACAAUACUGUCACAAUACCAAAAAUCGUGAUGGUCCUAAAAUAGGCUUCAAUAUCUUUAUUUUGGUUUUCGAGGGAGAUAUGACCCAACCGUUUUCUUGGCAGGUUUUCGAGACAUUGCCCCACCUAGUCAGAUCUGAGACCUGGAUCAGAUCAGUAAAAAUUGAUGCAAAUAGACCAGAACUACUAAUGUUCUUUUAUGAAGACUUGGCACUUAAACUCUUAAUUCAAAGAGGAAUUGAAUAUUGUUUCAGUUUGCUUGCGGUGCGGCGUGUCUGCAGCGUCACAGUUUUGUGAUUUGCCCAUUAGUGGCUCUUGUCUACUGUGAUUGGCUGGCUCUGAGAAGCUCUGUUGUGAUUGGUCAAGUCAUGCAACGCCUCUCUUAAAGAGACAUCACACCUUCUAAUAAGGGAGCACACUUUACCUUUAAAUUCACUAAAUGAUUGGUUGACACGGAUGUUUCUGAUUUGAUGUUUCCUGAAUCCCUGUACGUAUGAAUCUAAAUGAGCUGUGCAUAUCGGUGUAUUUGUGUCAGCAGUGUGCCUAAAUGUACUAUUAUAUUUUCUUAUGUUUCUUUAACAAAGGAAGUCAAUUUGAUUGUCACGGUCGUUUUAAUAGACUGACAAAAGGACUUUUAAAAGGAGUAGAGUGUUUGCAUUAUGCUUCUAAAACAUUAAUUUUGAGCAACUUAACUCAAUAUAACACUAAUAAAAUGAACUCCAACUCACUGCCCUAUUCAGUGUCGUGUCAUUUACUGUAUGAAUAAUGUUUGAUUGAGUCUACGUCAGCUUUAAAACUGAACUAGCAUUGAAAGAGUAGGUGAAGAAAUCUCAGAAACAGUUUAAAUCGAAAAUAACAAUAAUCAUUCCUGAUAUAAUUUACCUCCAAUUUAAAAGACAGCAAUAUUUGUCUACCGAGAUAGUCACUGAUAUACUUAAAAUCACUUGUGUUUUUAAUGAAUGGACUACAAAGAUGUGAUUAAUUUAUAUUGUUUGGACAUUCACUGUUGGACCACAAAUUGGUGCCAAACAACACUGUUUCUAAACAUGCACAUGAACUGCUUGUAUUAUGGAAAGUAUCUUUUUAGAAAAAUGUCAAGUCAGCUAAAGGUCAGUUAUCGAGUGAGAUGCUAUUUUUUACAUAGAGAGGUAAAGUAUAAAAAGAAACAGCUUUCUCUAGAAACUCAAAAGUUGUUUUGAGGAAUGAAGGCGAUACAAUGCUUGAAAUGGACAUAAAACUGAAGAUUUCAUACAAAGGUGUAACUACAGUCUUCAAAGACAAAGCACAACUGUCUCUAACAAGGACAGAAAGAGAUGUGGAAGACCAGAUGUGCAACUAAACAAGAGGAUAAGUACAUCAGAGUCUCUAGUUUGAGAAAUAGACGCCUCACAUGUCCUCCGCUGACAGCUUCAUUGAAUUCUACCCGCUCAACACCAGUUUCAUGUACAACAGUAAAGAGAAGACUCAGGAGGACUUAUGGGAAGAAUUGCAAAGAAAGACACUUUUGAAACAGAAAAACAAAAAGAAAAGUUUCGAGUGGGCAAAGAAACACAGACAUUGGACAACAGAUAAUUGGAAAAGAGUGUUACGGAUCUAAACUCCAUUGAGCUUUUGUGGGAUCAGCUAGACUGUAAGGUGCGUGAGAAGUGCCCGACAAGACAGACACAUCUAUGGGAAGUGCUACAGGAAGUGUGGGGUGAAAGGUCACCUGAGUAUCUGGACAAACUGACCGCUAAAAUGCCAAGGAUCUGCAAAGCUGUCAUUGCUGCAAGUGUGUAGAUUUUAUUUUAUAUUGAGUCUACAACUAUUUUACACCCAUUUAAGCCUCUUAAAA